CUUCAAACCCAUCCUACCAAACUGACCCUUAGUCUUAACCUUUGCUUCAGCCAAAAGCCCUAGACUAGAGGAGGAGUGGAUAUUGCUAGUUCAAGAGCACCUAAGAAGAUUAACGAUCAGGUGAGUUGCCUCAUAAUAGUGUCUAUCACAUUUCUUUUCCAAUGAUUCAUUUAUACUGUAAAACACCGGUUCGUUUUAGAUGCUCUCGUGUUUUACAUUCAACGGUCCAUAAAUUUUAUGCCCUUCAAACCCAUCAACUAUCUUCAUCUCUCAAAUCCAUCUCAACUUCCACUAAUCAACACUCAUUUACAGUCAAUUACCUCGUUAAUUCAUGUGGGUUAAGUUCAGAAACUGCUAUUUCAGCUUCCAAAGAAGUCAAUUUUAAAACCCUAGACAAACCAGAUUCAGUUCUCAACUUCUUCAAGAACCAUGAUUUCAGCAAAACCCAGAUCUCAGCUGUCAUCAGAGUACGCCCAAAACUUCUCUUAUCGGAUCCCAAGAAGACCCUUCUGCCCAAAUUCGACUUCUUUUACUCCAUUGGCAUUUCCAGCACUGAGCUCGCGAAGGUAUUAUCCGUUUGCCCAACUGUAUUGACACGAAGCUUGGAGAACCAAAUCAUUCCAUCUUUCAAAUUUUUGAAGAAUUUAUUUCAUUCAGAUGAUAAGUUUAUUGUGGCCUUUAAAAGAUAUCCUGAUAUUCUAGGGUGUGAUCCCAGUGCAUUUCCCAACAUUGAAAUUUUAAGACAACAUGGUGUGCCAGAAUCAAAUAUUGUGUACUUACUUACAUAUCAACCUAGGUCAUUUGUGAUGAAGCAUAAUAAAUUCAAUGAGUUAGUGGAGGAUGUUAAGAAAAUGGGUUUCAACCCAUCAAGCUUCCAGUUUGUCUUAGCAGUUCAGGCAUUGAUUUCAAUGAGCAAAUCAACAUGGAAAAGGAAGAUGGAGGUUUAUGAGAAGUGGGGUUGGUCUGAGGAAGAAACAAUGAGCGCGUUUAGAAGAAGACCUGGGUGUAUGACGGUAUCUGAGGAGAUGAUAAUGGCAAAGCUGAAUUUUUAUGUCAACACAAUGGGUUGGGAUUCUUCCCUAAUUGCCCGUCGUUCAGAAUUAAUGACAAUGAGCUUGGGUAAGAGGAUAAUUCCCAGGUGUUCAGUGCUUCAAGUUUUGUUGUCCAAAGGUUUGAUUAAGAAACCCAUUAGUGAACUGACAUUGUUGAGGUCGACAGAGAGUUCGUUCCUCAAGAAGUUUGUGACAUGUUAUGAGGAAGCUCCUCAGUUGUUGAAACUAUAUCAAGAAAAAUUGGACGCUUCAAAAUUACACGGUCAUGAUUAUGAAGGUAAUGUCUCCCGAGGCGGUGAAAAUGUUGAUGCUAACUAAGGAACUCGGACCCUGGAGAUGGAAUUAUUUUGUGGUUACAUGACUUCUUCUUGGAGAAAUCUAGAUCUUCUAUAUUUUGCAUUGGCAUGUAACAUUCUAAAUAUGUGCAAGGCAUAAAUCUGUAUGCACAGUGCAGAAGCCAUGUUGUUAUGCCACUUUGGAGAAUUUGGUUUAAUAGAACUUCUGGUCAAAUGGUUACUAAAUCAUAGUUUACUGAUGCCAUAUAGCAGGUGUCUGUAAUUAUCUACUAUAGUGUUCUAUUGAAUUUAUAUUAGUGUCCAGCAGGUAGCAUUGUGUGAUCCAAUGCUGUACUUUUAGCUUUUGACAUGAAUCUCUACGAAGCACUCUUCCGAGUGUUGUGAUUGAAAUGUUGUAGUUAAGGAAAAUGAUUUUAAAGCA